AUGUUCGCUAGAUUCGUCGUCCCAACCCGUGCAUCUGCUGCCAGGUUUGCAGCUACACAGUACCGCUUUGCAUCCACCAAGUCUCUUCGCGACACCCUCAAGGAUAUCAUCCCCGCAAAGCAGGAACAGCUCAAGAAACUCAAAACCGAGCACGGCCAGACUGUCGUUGGCGAUGUCAAAGUCGAGAACAUCAUUGGGGGUAUGAGAGGCUUGAAGGCCAUGCUCUGGGACGCCUCCGUCUUGGAUCCCAUUGAGGGCAUUCGGUUCCAUGGACUCUCCAUCCCAGACUGCCAAAAGGUUCUUCCCCCUGCCCCUGGUGGCAAGGAGAUCAUUCCCGAGAGUAUGCUCUGGCUCCUCCUCACCGGCCAAGUCCCUACCUCGGAGCAAACUCGCCAGCUCUCCCGCGAAUUGGCUGAGAAGGGUGACCUCCCUAAAUUUGUUGAGCAACUUGUUGAUGAGCUCCCCAAGACCCUCCACCCCAUGACCCAGCUCGGCAUUGGUGUCGCUGCCCUGAACCACGACAGUGCGUUCCAGGCUGCCUACGAAAAGGGAAUGAAGAAGACCGAGUACUGGGCACCUACCCUCGAGGACUGCCUUAACCUCAUCGCCCGACUCCCUGCCUUGGCUGCCCGUAUCUACCGAAACGUCUACAAGCCCGGCACUGAGCUCCCUGCUAUCAACAAGGACCUCGACCUUGUCGGCAACUACACGAACAUGCUUGGUUACGGCUCGAACCAAAACCUCACCGAGUACCUCCGAUUGUACAUUGCUUUGCACGGUGACCACGAGGGUGGCAAUGCUUCUGCACACACUGCUCAUCUCGUCGGCUCCACCCUCUCCGAUCCUUACCUCUCGUACUCUGCUGCACUCUUUGCUCUCGCUGGACCCCUUCACGGUUUGGCCAACCAGGAAGUCUUGAGGUGGCAAUUGGCCAUGCAACAGGAGCUCGGCGACAAGAUCACGCAUGAUGAUAUCCGUGACUACCUCUGGAAGACGCUCAAGAGCGGACAAGUCGUUCCUGGAUAUGGACAUGGUGUUCUCCGAAACCCCGAUCCUCGAUUCAUUGCUUUGCAAGAGUUCUGCCAGGCGCGACCUGAGCUCAAGGAGAGCCCCAUCGUGCAGUUGGUGAACAAGACGUUUGAGGUUGCGCCUGAUGUCUUGAAGGAGCACGGAAAGACCAAGAACCCUUACCCCAACGUUGAUGCUACUUCUGGUUGCGUCCUCUACCACUACGGCUUGACGGAGUUCAAGUACUACACGGUCAUCUUUGGUGUUUCAAGGGCUUUGGGUGCCCUCACUCAACUCGUCUGGGCUCGUGCUCUUGGCCUCCCCAUCGAGCGACCCAAGUCGCUCUCGCUCGAUGCUUUGGAGGAGCUCAUCAAGAACCAAAAGCAAUGA